AUGAACCGAGUACCACGACUACGUUCGUUAAAUUUAUUUUUGUUUGGUUUUUUUUAUCAAACUCUUAUGAAGAUAUUGUUGUAUUUAUUAAGACGGUGUGUUGGCAGGUGAUGGAAAAAAGAACUCGGUGCCGGAAGCCGGUGGAAAAUCUACCGGAAAACAGUUGUCGGCGGCUAUACCGAGCCCUUCCACCUCACAGACACCGGUAACGGCUCAUCAAUAUCCGCGACCACAACCGUCUCCCCAGCGGAACUUGACGAAAAACAUGACUACUACCUCCAUCGUCAUGACCGGGACAGCGACUGCCGUGGAAGUGUCAAAUGUGACGCAGAGCAGCGUCCUGGACGACGCGCACUUGCAGCGGACACUGCUCAAACCCAAGUUUCUCACCGAGAACUCGUCGACCGUGGUCGCUCAAACUGGAGCUUCUAGCCAGAUAUCCUGUCUCGUGUCCAACUUGGGAGAAUGCGUAGUAAGUUAA